UGACGAGCUUAGAAACUCCUGAGGUGCAUGGACGAAGAGCGGCCAAGCCUGAUGCAUCGACAAAGCAUGCAUAGUAACGAAGACAUGUACGCGCGCAAGCAGAACGCGAUCGAGCAAAACAAGGUGCUCCAGGAUCAACUGGUCGGCAAGAUGCGGGAGCUGUCGUUCUUGGAGACCGAAUACGUCAAGACAAAGCGGGAAGCCACCGAGUGGAAGAAGAAGUUUGACUACGUGUUCCGUGAGAACGAGCUGCUCAGCGUCGAGACGGCCAAGCUCGACGCGGCGCAAAAGCAGAUCGGGUUCCUCCAUCAGGAAAUCCAGUUCAAGUCCGAAGAAACCGAAGCAUUGCGGGGUCUCGUCACGGCGCUCGAAGCCAGCAACAAGAAGAACCGGCGCCGCAACAUGGACGCGCUCAACACGGCGAUCACGUCGGCGAACGCGCGAUCGAGCUCCGGGUCGGAAAUAACCGACGGCGGCCGCAAGUCGAGCGACAAGGAAAGCGAAGUGUCGGCCCUUCGCAGUGAAAACAGCCUGUUGGUCAAGGACUUGGACAGAAAAGACCACGAGCUCAAACUCAAAGACGACGAAAUCAAGCUUCUAAAGGAACGCAUCCAAGAGCUCGAGUCUACCUUGGACACUGAGCAAGCCAUGCACUUUAGCCGGCUCAAGGAGAGCCAAGAGUCCAUCGGGAAGCUCGAGACUCAACUGGCGCGCCACCAUAUCCACGACGACGUCCGCGUGAGCAACGACUCGAUCAAUAACACGCCGCCGUCGACGCCGCCGCCCAUGCCGACGCAGCAGUUUUUCCGCGACGACGACGAUGACAGUAUGGACUCCAAGUGGAAACUGCACACGGAUGUGUUGCCGACCGCCGCGCCGUACGAUCGAGCGGUCCUCGAUGCCUUCUUGGACAAAGUGCCAUUCGCCCAUCGCGACGGCGCCAGUCGCAUCCUCCGCGUGCUUCUCGGCACCAACGAACGCCUGUCGAUGGAGACCAACAUGGUGCUGCAGAAUGUGUCGGCGGAGCUCGUGGCGGAGCUCAAGCACACGAUCCUGCCGUGGCUCAAGGCCAAACAUCACGUCAAGGUCGCGUACUUCCACCUCACGCGGCACAUCGUCGCCACCGACGUCAAGCUGGUGCUGGAGCCCCGCGAGCAGGAGUUCAUCUCGACCAGCGGACCCGCCGAGUGCGCCAGCCACGUGUUUCUCGGUCCGGCGCCGUACGACAACAAGCUCGUGCUGCACACCAUGCGGACGCUGCAUGCCGACCGCGCUCGGUUCGUGUCGAGCCCGGACGCCGAGGCGGUCGCCGCCGCCGCGGGCGAAGACACGCUCGAGAUGGAAUCGUUGCCGCCGACGCUGUUUCGCCGUCUGUCGGCCACGCCUUCGUUUAUGGGGGAGGCCGACAACACGGCGACGAGCUCUCGUCGAGGCGGCGGCGGCGGGUUCUUGUCCAAUUCGUUCCUCGGGGGGUCGAUCACCGGCAGCAUCCCCGCCGCCGGAUCCGACGGAGCGACUUCGAGUCGCGGCGGUGGCGGGCUCACCAAGUCGUUUUUGGGGUCGAUUGCUACGGCCGCCAAGACGGUCGUGAUGAAGAACUUUGAGAAAAAGCAGACGCACCCGGGCACGCGGUGCGCCGUGUGCUCGAUCAGUCCCAUCGUCGGCGACCGCUUCCGCUGCGCCACGUGCGAAGGGUACUGUACCUCUUGGCCCACAAUGGACUGACUUCAUGGUUCCACUCCAUCUAAAUUUGUAUAGACAAAUAUAUAUAUAUAUAUAUUUGUCUAUACAAAAUAUACAAAUAUAUAGCAUUAUGCUGUAGCCGUUAUCAUCCCGGCACUAAUUUUAUGACAUCAGGGGAGAGUAGUGGACUGAAAUUUUUUAUUUUGAAAGAAUCCAAGUGUGAAAAUAGUAUUAUUUCUACUAGUACAUGUUACGAAGAUAUAUUUUUUGGUGUUGAAUAUAUUUUCUACAUGGAUAUGUUGUAUGGAUAUGUUGUACUAGUUAAGCAGCGUAUUCUGUCCAUGAUAUAGUCUACUACAGUGUGCGUGUCGAUAUACAGUACUACUGUACCAUGUGCCCCAUAUCAAAUGCAAAUACAAAGUAUCGGAGCAUGUCAUAUGUGGUGUUAGGUACGACUUGUGCAGCAAUUGCUAUGCGUUUGGCGCCCACGGCCUUGAGAACACCGACGAUAUGUUUGGGCGCGUGCAGGAGUUGGUGCUGGCGCGGUGCCCGCGGCUAGCUCAGGAGGCCGAGCUGCUCGAGCUGCUCCGUUUUGAGAUCUGUCGCUCCAACUUGCGCAAGUUUUCAUUUGUGGCCAACUGGCUCGCCGAUAUCGUCCAAGGCCGAUCGACCAAGGACCUCCGCGCGCGGGCCAUCGAAGUACCGUCGAUCCGUCGGGAAAUUCGCAAGCAGUUUGUGCCGCUGCUUAUGAUGGUAUAAGAAAUAUUACUUCGACUGGAGUCUAUUGCUAUUUUCGUCGAUAGAAUCAUACCGUGUGUGUAUUUUGGGUCGAAGGAUGAUGGGAACAAAUCCUCAGGAUGGUGUGUAGGUGGUGAGCGACCGCAUGGACAUUGAAGUCAAGACGGAAUGGGAGCUGGAACUGAACUCGGAGCUGGAAAAGAAUCUCAAGACCGGCCACAACGCGUGCCUUGAAGUGCUUCGGAUUUGGGUAGCCGACAAAUUCAGCACGACGUCGCCGUUCGUCGAGCGCAGUUUGCACCGAUACAACAAGGAAGGCGACGACGACGCUGGUCCGGCUCUGCCGCCUGCGGACGUUCCCGACACGCCCACGGAGGCAGCGGACGACGCCCCCAAGACCGACGACUCCAAGUACUUGUUUCAAGAAGUUUAAAAAUGAACAAGGACUACUAUUUGAUUCAAGAAGAGUUGGAAGAUGGAAAC